UCGAGCAAUUUUGAUUGAGCUCCAAGAAUACCGAGCCCCGAGGGGACCACAGCAGGCGUCUGAAACAGUUGGAGUUGUUUCUGAGUACCUGCUGACGGAAGAUGGAAGAAGUGAGAAAGACGAAGUGUUGGAAUCAGAAGGUGAAACAGUAUGUGGACCCACCUGAUGGAGGCUGGGGCUGGAUGAUAGUUCUCCAUUUCUUCCUGGUGAACGUGUUGGUUAUGGGAACACUGAAGACCUUUGGACUUUUCUUUGUGGCUUUCCAGGACGUGUUUGGGGGGUCCUCCGAGCAGAUCAGCUGGGUCGGGUCCAUCAUGUCUAGUCUGCGCCUUUCUGCAGGUCCAAUUGCUUCAAUUGCCUGUGGCAAGCUGGGGGAUCGAUGGACUUCAAUUCUCGGAGCUGUCCUCGUGAGUGGUGGAUUUCUUAUCAGCAUCCUGGCCACUAGCGUGCUCUUCCUUUAUGUAUCCCUCGGUGCUGUUGUUGAGGAGAAAGACUUCGUAGCUGGGGAUUUCAGGGAUUUGUUUCACAUGGGCAGUGUAUUUGUAGACAAAUCGAGUCAAGGAUCCUCCUCCGCUCUCUGGAAGCUCCCAGUGUGGGUAGAUCACCUGGGAUUGACUCAUCCUGAUUUCACUGUAUCAACACCUCACCAACUUGAAGCUGUGCAGGGAUCUAAAAAGAAUGAUGGGUUUGUUAACACAAUUUUUUUUUGUAUCAUCUUUACAGGUGCUUUACUUAUUUUGGGAGGUAUAAUGUUGAACCUGAUUGCUACCAGCAUGCUGCUUCGACCCAUCUCUCUCCACGAGCACCAGCCCACCUUCUCGCAAUCACCAUGUGACAGGACAAUACUCAAAGCUCCAAACAGCUGCCUCUUUCACAACGGAGCAAUGAAGCAAGGCAUCUUAGAGAAGCACUCAGAAAGCUGCUUAAUCACUAGCAAUCCCAGCGUGUCCCAUUCAGCAAUUGGUCACCUUGAUAUUUCCAAGAAUCAUGACAGCUGUAUCCUGAGGGAUGAGAACCUGAACAUUAACCAUUCCCGAGUGGAGACAGAAUCCAGUAUCUCUCACGAGAGCAAAGCUUUUCUGGACAAAGUAACUUUCCGAACAGCUCACACUGCGUCUGUUAGCUCUUCGAGCAGGGGCAAGGGAACACAAAGCCUUCCUCCCAAAGAGAAGCUUCUCGAUUUCUCAUUGUUACGGGAUCCUUUCUUUAGUAUUUACACAUUCUCAGUGGUGUUCAGUCAGUUAGCGUACUUUAUUCCCUACUUUCAUCUCUCAGCCAGGGCUAAGACAUUGGAUAUUGAUGCCAUGGAUGCAUCCUUCAUCAUUUCUGUUGCAGGUUGGCUAUAUGACUACACACAGACCUACGACUGCUCUUUUUAUCUGGCUGGCGUGUGCUACUUGCUGUCUUCUGUUUCUCUGUUUCUGGAACCCACAGCACGUCGAUACAAGGCAAGAAAGCAAGCAGAGACUCUUACAGUAAAGAUGGAGACAGUAAAAACUGUAACUUGUGGAGCUGAAUGUCAUAAUGGGCAAGUUAUCACCCCAUCUGAUAUAAGGACUGAGAAGCUAGAACAAAUUAGCUCUGUGUAA